AUGAAUGCUGGAAAGAAGCCCUGGUAUUUUAUCCGGAUAUGCUUCAUGAUCUUGAACACUGUUUUCAAAUCCAAAAGUUAUAUGUUUGACGGAAAUGUAUUAAGAAUAAAGCUGGAUAAUAUUCUUGAAAAGGAUCUUCGGACAAACGAAAUACAGGAUCACUUUGAUGAUCUUAGUUACACCUAUCAUCCCCUGGACGGACAUGAACUCAUAAGUGAGAUAUCAGGGUCAUUGAAUAGGAGAAUUUUGGAGGGUACUAAUGCUCUACAAAUUAUCAAAGAAGCUGCAGAAAGCCACGUCACGGGAUUUACAUCCUCUGAAAAUCUACAACAAUGUAGUAAAGUAUCCUAUGGAAAUGGCUUUGAAGGAAAGAUCAGCAAGAACAUUGCCUGCGUUUUAUCACCCAGGGUUAUAUCGGAGAGUAUGGUACAUGUAUAUCCCUCCAUGCGGGUAAUCGAAGUCAUGAAAGAAAACAGCAAAAAGAAUGAAUAUUUUAAACGACAUCUUAUUGCGACAGACGAGGGUGUGAUGACUAUCUACCCAUCUCCAGGUGUGGAAAUACCCUACGAUUUUCAUCAGAAAUACAGACAAAUUUACUCCUCCAAGGUCAGUCCCGCAGAUAAAGACGUUGUGCUUGUGAUCGAUCGCUCAGGCUCCAUGGCAGCGCUUCAUGGAUCUAAAACUUUGCUGCAGAUCGCCAUUGAUGCUGUUUCAGCCGUAUUGGACACACUUAGUCUGAACGACAGGGUUGGGAUAGUAGUGUUUGAUACCGCAACAGCUGUUCCGGGUACAGCCAUUAGAAAAUGUUUCGCCACCAAAUUAGCCGAAGCGACGCCUGCAAAUGUUAGGUUGUUUCAGAACAUUAUUCAACAGAUUCAGUCGGGGGCGAGAACAAACUAUGAACUAGCGCUGAGAGAGGCUUUCAAGUUCUUUAGAAAUUCGAAUUACACAACUGGAAGCGAGAAACGAGAUCAAAUCAUUUUAUUUUUGACUGAUGGUUUGCCAACAAUCGGGAACGAUCCUGUCAGAACCAUUGCAGAGGAAAACAAACACCUGAACAACAGCGUAGUGGUCUUCACGUACGGCAUUGGUCGUUCCCUGAACACCACUGCGCUUACCAUUUUGCGUCAUAUGGCUGAACAGGCUGAAAGCAAUCCACGUCAUGGAGAUAUUCACAAAGGUAUAUUUGAGCACAUUGCUGAUCCUUCGAAUCUACGGAAUAUUAUGGGAUCGUACUACAAAAGAUUUAGGAAAACGGAUCAGGAGUUUAGCCUUUCCUUGCCGUAUUACGAUCGUUCUCUGUCAGUCACUAGUCACUACGCGCUGUUUGGGGUGGCUUGCAUUGACAUGAAGUUGACAAAUCUUCUCGAAGAAGUGGCCUUUUUUCAGCAUGGGCAAAAUUCUUAUGCUUUUGUGAUUGACGACAAAGGCCGAACAGUAAUACAUCCAGCAUUGCCGAAACGGACGAUGAGUUCCGACUUCGUAAUUGUGGAUAUUGGAACUCUUGAAAAGGGUGUUUCCUCUGUAAUCGAGUCUAUGAAAAGAGGUGAAAGUGGCACCAACAAAAUUUACGCAACGAGAGUAUUUUCUCGAGGUCAAGUUUUCAUCGAUGGGAUAUACCAAAGGAAGAUGUGGUCAACAUACCAUUGGAAACCUAUCUUGCAAACAAACUUUUCUUUGUGUGUUGUAACGGUAGACGGAGAUGGGCAACUAAAAUACAAUACCUCAAGUCCUUUUCCAGAAAGGUUGCAUUAUCAUGGCCUGGACACCAUGACACAUUUUUGGAAACCUUGUAAUCACUUCAGCCGGUAUGCUACCAAAGAACAUUCCACUGUGUUUUUAACACCUGCAGCUUUUGUAAAUCCUGAUGUGUACUUGGAAAAAGAAGAAAAUCCUGGAUUAAAAACUACAAUUUUAGAGAGUGUGAGAAAAACAUAUAUUGCAGAAGAGUUAUGGUUAAGGUUUCCACAGCAUUCCUCAAUAUGGCGUUACAUGGGAAUGUCAGAUGGUGUGUUAAGGGUUUUUCCGGGUUUAAAGAUUCCAAAAAAUUACGAUCAUACCCAGAGGUCAUGGUAUAAAAGGUCUCUCGCAAUGCGUGGCCAGACUGUCGUAACGGGUCCGUACCUAGAUGUGUGGGGAGGCGGAUACGUAAUCACUUUGUCAACAACAAUUCAAUCAAGCACUUUAAAGAAUACAACCUUCGUAAUCGGUGUUAUGGCGGUAGAUGUUUCACUAACAUAUUUCUAUCAGUUGCUGAUCCAGUCUUAUCCAUUUUGUGAGAUGUCUACACGCUGUUUUGUGAUGGACAACAGUGGGAUUAUUACCUUGCAUGAUGAUUUUGUGAACAUUUCAACAAGAGUACCCAUUGUCGAUAAUAUCCACAUCACACAAAAGGAGUCUAGAAUUGCCCAACAUAUGCUGAGAAGGGGGCUUAUCAACAAAGAAUCAUGUUUGGAUAUUUUCAGAAUGAGACAGCACUAUGUCUUUAGAGUGCGUUUGUCAUUUGAUCCGCCUGUGCAAAACAUACAUUCCUCCCAACCCCAUUAUAAGAUGUUUCCUAUUUCCAACAGCAACAUUUAUGUGGUAGUUAAACCUCGAUCACUUUCCGUUUCCAGCUCCUACUCUCAAUGCUGUGAGAAUCUUAAUGACAGUGCAUUUCCAGCUGACCACAUAUGCACCGAGUUUGAUUGUCAGUGUUUGUGUUUUGAAGAGAUGUCUUUCGAUAACUGUGCAGAUCAUCUUAAUGCCUGGAGUGGAAACAUAUCUCAAUGUGUCGGUAGUCACUCUGUCAUCGAGAUUGAAUCGCAUCCACAAAAUGGCAGAGUGGACGAACUACAACUUUGUUUCGAUCCAAAGUGUGCAGAAAAGCAUUCCAGAAGGUAUUAUUCCGACUACAUCAUAAAUCUGUAUUGUUUCAGGGAUUGCAUCAACACAACUGGGUGCAGCUGGUGCACAAGGUCGAUCGAUUUUGAAUUAUUGCUACCGGCUUAUUGUACUCUACAAGAGAAUUGCUAUUUUGGAAUAGAAGGAUAUGUCCUUCCUGUGCAAUGUACACAAGGUACAGUAUUUACUAGGAUGAUGAUUAAGGAUAUGUUUAUUAAUUGUUUGAAAAAUUAUUUGCUAAUCUUUAAUUUGAUUCUGAGUACUUGCAGUACUUUGAUGAUUUUUUUUUUACUUUUACGGGGUUAUUGGCUGCGGAUUAUAAAUGUGACGAAAAACAUCAUCAUCCAAAUAAAUGUAGCUUUUUUUUCCCUCUUCACAGCGGACUGUGGAACACACCUUAACCAUCCAGAAAUUCGGCAAGACUUUUCCAACUCUCUCAUCAUCGUACCAGUUAUAAUCACGGGAACUAUCAGCCUAAUUUGCACCAUAGUGUUUUUAAUUAUACGGUGGAAGAGAACAAAAAUAUAUUUGACAUCGAAGAGAAUUCCUUCUGGUCUUCCCGUCAGUCCAGACAACUUACCACCAACAGAAAACGGGUACACUCACGUGGUGUCCAGAGUACACCCGGACGGCCAAACCUCUCGCCUAUCACGCACGCAGUUUGGAAAUGUGGUUUAUCAUCACAAUUUUGUGUUUGACCAUACCUUCUAAAAACAUCACUGUUAAAUCUUGCUUUCAGAUACCAACAUAUCCGAAGCCUAACAGCGCUCUGCUAUACUAAUAUUAUUGUUUUCAUGGCAUACAUAUAUUUUGUAUGUGGUAUAAAUACAACAUUACUUUUUGUGAUUGCCAGAAUUUCGGCAAAAAACCCCAACUAGAUGACAUUGUACACAAGUGUUUCAUUGAUCACCUCUUUCCCUCUAAUUAACUAUAGCAAUAUGAAUGAUUCAUAGUACAAUGUGAGCAUACACUUUGAUUACUUGCAUGCAUCAGAAAGCUGUGUUUAAUCACCUAUUCAACGAUUAUUCAUUUCAUAUUACAGUGGAAAGUGCAAGAAAUAGUAAAAGUUACUCAUGGAUGUUAUUAUUAUUAUUUAAAAUUGAUAAAGCGCUAAAUAUAAUAUAAAACAAGAGGUACUGUGAGCAAUGCUCACUAGGAAUACCCCCCGCUUACCCCAAUCUCCCAAAGGGUGUUGGUAAUAGGUAUAAACUACCUCUUUUCUGAGUGUAAAAAACAAAUGGCAUAACAAACCGAACCAUAUUGCUACUUCGAUGUCCAGUGCGCUUGACCUUUGACCUUUUGACCCCAAAAUCGAUAGGGAACAUCUUCAUCCCAUGGGUAGUCUAUAUGUAUGAUAUGGUGACUGUAGG